AUGCCACCAAAAAAGGUGACGAGUGCUGCGGAGGAGGAACUGCUUGAAAUACAUCAAUCGCUUAACUUUAUGUCCGGGGAGAUAAGCAAAGUGGCUCAGCAGCAAGAGAGGCUACUGGCCCUGCUUACUGAAGUGGCAGAUCUAAAAAAGAUCAUCAUUGCGAAAGACGCUAGAAUCUGCGGCCUGGAGCGAAGGAUUGAUGACUUGGAGCAGUACACAAGAAUGGAAGACAUAAUUGUGAGCGGUCUGAAAACUACACACCGUAGUUAUGCUCGAGCAACAGCCGCGGAUGCUACACAGAGUGGCCAGGACGCGCCCAGGGGCGACCCUUGUUGGCCGCGCCCCGGCCCCGUCACGAACGGCUCUGCCAACCGACCCACGCGGGCCGGCUAUCCUGGACCACUCGAAGAUCCGCGGCGCUACGGUAUCGUUACGUCUAGGCGGGAUUCUGACUUAGAGGCGUUCAGUCAUAAUCCCACAGAUGGUAGCUUCGCACCAGUGGCUCCUCAGCCAAGUGUACCGCCCCAGUCAAACUCCCCACCUGCCACUGUCCCCGGAGCGGGUCACGCCCGGCAGGGCCGGGCGCUUAACACCAGAAGCGAGAGCCCGCUCGGAGCUCGCCUCUCCGCCUCACCGGCCGUAAUAGCCGCCUUACAUGACGAACCCGCCGUGCGUGAGGGAGGUGUGUUGUACCGGUCUCCUGUGUGGGAGAGGCAGCCACCAGUACGGACCUCUCACAGCGUGGAGCUCCGAGCCGUUGUUGGGUUUUCCCCAUUCAUGAAGCCACUGACUCACCCUCACUGUAUAUGUGCACAACUGCUGCUGUUGAUGCUGCUGCUGCUGCUGCUGCUGCUGCUGAUGCUGAUGAUGCUGAUGCUGUGUAUAGCGGUCAGGGCGCGCGUGAGCCACCUGCGGCAUUUACUCCUCUCUCCUGUUGCAGACCCCCUCCCCUCCUUCCAUCACCCUCCUCCUCCUCCCUCCCCAAUCCUCUCUCCUCCUCUCUCCAGCGCCAUCCUCAUCCUCACUGGUCCAGCCUCCUCCUCUACCCUCCCUUCCCACCACAUGCACGGCGCGGCGCAGAGAGAGGCGGCACACGGAAGGACACGCACAUCGAGCCCGCGUGUGUGCAUGCGCCUCUGUCACAUGAACAUGGCUCGACACGGGAGGCGACGAGACGCGGAGAACUAG